CCGUUGCCUGGGAACAGCCGCGGGCUGCAAACAGGAGCCGGGGCCGGGCUCGGGGACCCCCUUGCUGCUGACAAGGAGAUGGAAGGGGCACAGGAGGAUGCCAAAGGGGAAGAUACUGAAGGGACAUCAUGCCUGGAGGGUGCUGGAUCCCCAGCACUGCCGGAGCCCCAGGACAGCAGGCAGGAUGGCUUUGCCAGCUUGGUGUGGGAGGCCGUGCCGGGGAUGCUCUUCCAGGAGGACAGGCAGAGCAGCCUUCACCCCCUUAGCCUGUCCUGGGUGCUGGGCUACAACAGCAGCCUGGCCGUGCACAGCCUGAUGGACGGGGAGGACCGGGUGCUCCUGUACGCCUCCUCUCACACAGUGGUUAUCCACGAUGUCCUGGGGAACAGGCAGUACCACCUGCAGGGCCACAUAAAGAGCGUUUCCUGCCUGUGUGUGAGUGAAGACAGGCGCUGGGUUGCAAGUGCCGACCGAGGGCCUGAUGCUCUGAUCAUCGUGUGGGAUUCCUUCUCCGGGAUACCGGUGCGCACCAUCUUUGGGAGCCAUCCGGAGGACGGGGUCAGCGCCAUCGCCAUUUCCCAGGAUGCGAAGUAUUUGGCAGCCAUUAGUGCCGGAGCAGUGCAGAGAGUUUGUGUUUGGAAGUGGACUUUGCCCACAGAGAAGCCCCUGUGCAGCACGGAGCUGAGCCCUGACUUUGGGCAUCAGGAUUAUGUCAUUUUUAACCCUCAGAACCCCCAUGAGUUCAUCAGCAACAGCAGAACCCAGGUGAUAUUUUACCUGUGGGGCAGCGAUGGUUUGCAGUACGGAGCUCCGCUCCUGAGCAGGCAGACCUUCAAGGCCGUGGUGGGACGCUUCAGCCAGUCGGUUUUCCAUUUCAACACCACGCAAGCUCUGACGGGCACCGCGGCCGGGAAGCUGGUGGUGUGGGACCACAGGGACCCCCAGGGACAGCGGGACAAGCCGCACAGCGUGAAGGCCACCAAAGUGGUGCCUCUGCAGAAGGAGAGCAUCACCGUGCUCACGGUGCUUGAGAGCUUCAUAGUAACGGGUGAUGCGAAAGGUCAGGUUAAAUUCUACAACGGGAUGCUGCAGCUCCUCACCUGCUACAGCCACAGCAAAGCAGGUUCCAUUCGAUCCAUCUCCUUCUGCAAACCCCGCCCUGGUCCUGUCGGUGCCUCCUCAGCCGGCUCCUCCUCCUGCACCGAGCUCUGCACCACCAGGAACUUUAUCCUCUCAAACUCUGAUGCAACCGUGUUCCGGGUUGCAACAGACGGGAUAAACGUUGAGAAAGUCAUGGAAGAGGCAAAGAAAGCAGUGAAUGCCAUCGCCUGUCACCCCCGGCAGGCACGCGUGGCCCUGGGGAGUCACUGUGGGCUGCUGAAGGUGUGGGAUUACGAGCAGAGGGAGUACCUGGUCAGCAGGAUAUUCCCUGAGGCCAGCAUCCAGUGCUUGUCCUAUGACCCUGAAGGUUAUUUUCUGGCUGCUGGUUUCACUGAUGGGAGCGUUCACAUCCUCGAUGCCAUUUCCCUUCAGUCCUCCUGCAAAGAGUUCAAGUUCUCGCAAGGUCCCGUGACUCACCUGGGCUUCUCUCACGAUUCGGAGUACUUCGCAACCGCUGAUGAGACAUACACGGUGACUGUUUACAAGAGAGUCCUGCAAAACGGGAGCAGAUGCUGGGAACACUUUGCAGAGCUGUGCUCCCACUACAAACCCAUCCGCAACAUCCUCUUUGGGGUCCGGUUAGACAGCAACGAGCCCAGGCUCCUGAGCCUUGGGGAGGACCGGCACCUGGUUGAAUAUGACCUGAGCAUCAGCAGCAAGGGCCACUUGGAGGUCUUGCACAGGGACCGCAUAGAGCAGAUUGCUGUGCCCCUGUGCUUGGCCUGGUACCCACAGCUCAGCAACGAGUCCUUUAUCCUCACAGCCAACAGCUGCUACAAAAUGAAGCUCUACAACACAACCACCAAACUGUGCAGAAAGACCCUUUUGGGACCAACCUACGGCUCCCCAUUGGAGAAGAUCCAAAUCCUCCCAGCAACAAGCACUGUGGAUCCCCAGAAACGCUACCUGGCAUACAUUACAAAGGACAAGGUGGGCUUGCAGAUUUUGCCUGUUGAUGGCAACCAACACAAGUCCUCAGCUGUCACCUGCCACCCGGGGGGUGUCUCUGACCUCGCUACCUCCUACGAUGGACGCUACAUCUUUACAGUGGGGGGAAACGACUGCACUCUUAUGAAAUGGGAGAUCAACCUAAAUGCCUUGGAUGCUGCUGUUUCCCUUGGCGGGGAGGACAUGAGCCCAUUCUACAACCUACUGGAUGGUGGCAGAGAAGGCAAAUUCUUCCAGGAACUGGAAGACUAUUUUUACUAUGCACAGCUGCACAGCCAAGGUAUUGACACACUGGAGACCAGGCGGGUGUCAACACAUAUUCCCUUGGAGGAAAUCCCUUCUGUAAUGAGAGCAAUGGGGUUUUACCCAUCAGAGGAAGAGAUUGAAGAAAUGCUAAAUGAAGUAAAAUUCAGCAACUGUGUGGAUACUGGAGAACAAGUGACGAAAAUCAAUUUAGAGGAUUUUAUCAAACUUUAUGUAAAUCAUCGACCUGCUUUUGGCUUGUCAAUGAACAGAAUACAACGAGCGUUUCGGGUUCUUGGUUCUGAUAAUGAGAAUGGAGACAAAGUUAUUGACAGAGGAGACUUAUUGUGGCUGCUUCAAUGCAGAGGAGAGCGUAUGACAGAGGAUGAGCUGGCGCUGUGUCUGACCACCCUGCUGGGCAAGCGUCCUGGGGGAGAAGGAUCUGAACUGGACACCUCAGGUGAAGCAGCUUUGACUGAAGAAGAAAUUCCAGCAGAAAUCACAGCAGAGAUAUUUGCUGGCGACAUUCUUGGCUUACCUAUUGCUGAACCAGAAAAAAGAACAGCAAAAAAGAGAGAUGAAUCUUUGAUGUAUGAAGACUCAGAAUCAUAGCGGCCACAAAGUUUUCUGCUCAUUCCUAUUUCCCAGUCUCCUGUCCUAAAAUAUCUACAGAAAAUACAUAUUCUGUGUUUAUUACAAAGUAAAAGUCACAUAGUUUCAUAUUAAUCAGACUCUAGAACAAGCCCCCAGUUUAUCACAUGCCAUAAGGCUAUGAGGUCAAACCUAUGUAGAGAAGCACUGGGGUGGCUGUAAAGAACAAAGCAGAGGGGCCACCCCAUCCCUGGCUGGAACCUUCCUAGAAUUCGUUUGAGGUGGGUUUAUGCCAGAUGCAGUCUAUUUUGAUUAUGUUAAGCCAGUAUUUAUUUGUGAAACCUGACAGCAAAAGAGCAAUGUGAAAGUACUGUAUUGAUUCAAUACCUUGAAAAAUGCUUGGAUAAGUUAGAAUGGAUUUGUAAAGUAAAGAAAGGAAUGCUGUGUUAUACAUAAAGGCCAAAAUGGAAACCUGGCUUAAAAAAAAAUGAGAUCUUCUUUCUGAAAGCGAUAGUUCCAAUUAGCAGUGUAAUACCAAUGGGACAGCAUCUUACUUGUGUUUGUGUAAACAGCAUAAUGAGGCUGAUAUAAGUUGCUGUAGAAAGAUCAGUGAAGUGCUGUUGAACAGGCUUCCUUCUUUACAUCAUCCUCAGCAUCAAUUUGAAUAAUAAUGUAGGCCCUUAAGAAGUGUUCCUUUCAG